AUGGGAAUCAAGCUGGGCCAACGACGAAAGCCGCAGAACCUCUCCACAUUGAUUUGCUAUGGCAGGGCACUGUGUAUUAUGCAUCAAUUGUUCUUCACAACCUUGGCAGCGAAUACUCUACGUCCAGGUGUCCCAAGCGACAUCGAUGGAGUCGUGGACGUCGUGCUGGCCGCGAUGCCGUUAGACCCCCAGUGGGACUGGAGAUUCCCGUAUCGACAUGAGUACCCCGAAGACAACUACAAGUACACCAAGAUGCUGUUCGAAUACUUCCUAGAUCCAGAGUGGGAUGACUGGACGGUAAUGGUGAUUGAAGCGACCUCAAAUGAAGACCCGGAUGUUUCCAAAAUCGUUGCCUUUUCCGUCUGGGACAUAUCAUACAUUAGGGUUCUCAAGAAUCCGGAAUAUGAGCCACAGAACCCAAUGCGUGAAGUAAGCAAGCGUGGAGGGGCAACCCGCCGAGACGCCAACCCAGAGCGCAUGAAAGCGUUCCGAGAAUCAGGAGACGAGGUCAUGGAGACAUAUUUCAACCCGCUUUAUGGUCCUCGUCAAAUCCAUCUUCAGAUUCUCGGCACCCACCCAGACUAUCAGCGUCACGGCCAUGGCUCAACCCUGUGCCGCUGGGGCAUGGACAAGGCGCGAGAGGAUGACGUUGCCUUGACGCUUAUCGCGAGUCCGAUGGGGAAACUUCUUUACACGCACCUCGAGUUCAGACUCGCUGGUAGUGGCGUUAUUGAGAUCCCAGGUGACCCCGAGACAAAUUCUUGGGAUGCAAUGGACUGGGACCCGAACAUGCAUGGAAAGCUGGAAUUGUGA